GGACGCAGGGCCGGGCUUCGUGUGGUGAGGCUUGCUCGCGAGGCAGCAGUAGCCGAGGCCUUUAGGUUUUGUGGCACGUGACGGUCGGCCCGCGUCCGCCGCUGUCUCCUCUGCAUCGCUGGGCAAGGUGUGCGGGAGGAAGGAGACGCGGGCACCGCCGGCGGUCCCCGGGAGGCUCGAGAUCAUGGAAGGAAAGUGGUUGCUGUGUAUGAUACUGGUCGUUGGAACGACUCUCGUUCAAGCUCAUGAUGGACAUGACGAUGAUAUGUUUGAUCUUGAGGAUGCUCUUGAUGAUGUUAUUGAAGAGGUAGAAGACUCAAAACCAGAUACCAGCACUCCUACUCCGUCUCCAAAGGUCACCUACAAAGCUCCAGUUCCAACAGGGGAAGUGUAUUUUGCUGAUUCCUUUGACAGAGGAACUCUGUCAGGGUGGAUUUUAUCUAAAGCUAAGAAAGAUGACACUGAUGAUGAAAUUGCCAAAUAUGAUGGAAAGUGGGAAGUAGAUGAAAUGAAGGAAACAAAGCUUCCGGGUGACAAAGGACUUGUAUUGAUGUCUCGGGCCAAACAUCAUGCCAUCUCCGCUAAACUGAACAAACCCUUUCUAUUUGAUACCAAGCCUCUCAUUGUUCAGUAUGAGGUUAAUUUCCAGAAUGGAAUAGAAUGUGGCGGUGCCUAUGUAAAACUGCUUUCUAAAACACCAGACCUCAACCUGGAUCAGUUCCACGACAAGACCCCUUAUACAAUUAUGUUUGGUCCAGAUAAAUGUGGAGAGGACUAUAAAUUGCACUUCAUCUUUCGCCACAAGAACCCCAAAACGGGUAUUUAUGAAGAAAAGCACGCUAAGAGGCCAGAUGCUGAUCUGAAGACCUAUUUUACUGAUAAGAAAACACACCUUUACACAUUAAUCUUGAAUCCAGAUAAUAGUUUUGAGAUAUUAGUUGAUCAGUCUGUUGUGAACAGUGGAAAUCUGCUAAAUGACAUGACUCCUGCUGUAAAUCCUCCACGUGAAAUUGAGGACCCAGAAGACCAGAAGCCUGAGGACUGGGAUGAAAGACCAAAAAUACCAGAUCCAGAUGCUGUCAAGCCAGAUGACUGGGAUGAAGAUGCACCUGCUAAGAUUCCAGAUGAAGAGGCCACAAAACCUGAAGGCUGGUUAGAUGAUGAGCCUGAGUAUAUACCUGAUCCAGAUGCAGAGAAGCCAGAGGAUUGGGAUGAAGACAUGGAUGGAGAAUGGGAGGCUCCUCAGAUUGCCAACCCUAAAUGUGAGUCAGCUCCUGGGUGUGGCAUCUGGCAGCGACCUAUGAUUGACAACCCCAAUUACAAGGGCAAAUGGAAGCCUCCCAUGAUUGACAAUCCUAACUACCAGGGAAUCUGGAAACCCAGGAAAAUACCAAAUCCAGAUUUCUUUGAAGAUCUGGAACCUUUCAGAAUGACUUCUUUUAGUGCUAUUGGUUUGGAGCUGUGGUCCAUGACCUCUGACAUUUUUUUUGACAACUUUAUCAUUUGUGGCGAUCGAAAAGUAGUUGAUGACUGGGCCAAUGAUGGAUGGGGCCUGAAGAAAGCCGCUGAUGGGGCUGCGGAGCCAGGUGUAGUGGGGCAGAUGAUUGAGGCAGCUGAAGAGCGCCCAUGGCUCUGGGUGGUCUACAUUUUGACUGUAGCUCUGCCUGUCUUCCUUGUUAUCCUCUUCUGCUGUUCUGGAAAGAAACAGUCCAGUGCUAUGGAAUACAAGAAGACUGAUGCUCCUCAACCAGAUGUGAAGGAGGAGGAAGAAGAGAAGGAAGAGGAAAAGGACAAGGGAGAUGAGGAAGAGGAAGGUGAAGAGAAACUUGAAGAGAAACAAAAAAGUGAUGCUGAAGAAGAUGGUGGCACUGUCAGUCAAGAGGAGGAAGAUAGAAAACCUAAAGCAGAGGAGGAUGAAAUUUUGAACAGAUCACCAAGAAACAGAAAGCCUCGAAGAGAGUGAAACAAUCUUAAGAACUUGAUCUGUGAUUUCCUCUCCCUCCCCUUCUCUUUCAAGUGUGGUCCUAGGAGAGGACCUGGCACACCUUAGGUUGAAACUCAGAAAACCUCAAGACGUCACCAUCAACAGGUUCCAGUCAAAUACUAGUAUAUGUAAUUUUCAACAUCUAGCAGUAAAUAAUUGCAGUUACAACAUGAAGGACCCUGUUUCUGUAGAAGAGAAAACAUUUAACAUAAUGGUUGUGAAAUGUAACAUGAAGCAACUAACUUGUAUUUUUUGUUUGUUUCUAAACAUCUUUGUUUUUUAAAAUAGAAUGAUAAAACCUUGCCAAUCUUUAAAGUCUUGGCUUAAUUUAAUAUAUUAAUCUGUUCGUGCAGAAAUAACAUCAACAUUUAGAAAUGCUAGGGGGUUGAGUUGCAGUUUUUGUAACAUUUUUUCUUUAAGUUUGAUAUUAAAAAACAUUCAGGUGUUUCCCUUAAAAUUGAUAGUCAUGUUUAAAGUACAGUCAUUUGUGAUUAUAAUCUUGUUUUGCUUGCUUCCAUUACUCAGUUCCUCCUAUGGAAAUUGAGGAGAGGUAUUGGAUGGAAGCCCAAAUUUAUAAAAAAGUUCCAUUUAAGUUGUAUUAAAAAUAGAAAUACAAAAAGGAAAAAAAAAUAUUUCACUUGAUGUUGGUUAGACCAUAAAGUAUGUUCUGUUGCCCUUGGAACUGGUCAGUUCCCAGACAGCAUUGCAAUUAGCGGCACUUGGGCAUUCAUACUCUACACACAGGGAGCAUGGAGCUACAGCCUUCUGGAGUAGGUGGCUUUUUGAGGAAUGCUAGCAGGACAUGUGAGCUCCAGAGUAGAUGUUUUCAUCACUUCUUCCACUGUUUUAACACUGUUUUCUUACCUAUUUCCCCAAAUUCCCAGCUUUUUCCUCUGCUAUGCAUUUUCUUCACAGCGCAGCUUUGCAGUUCGUUGCUAAGAAUGAUUGAUAAGCUCUGCAUAGUGUUAAGCUUUAUUGUGAUUAUGUGUGUUUCUUCUUUUUUAAAGCAGGCUCACAACUUUCCAGGGUCAAAGUACAGAAUGGAAUACAAUCUUUCAUUUUUAUCCAUUUCUUUUACUCUGUUUAAAGACUUCAGAAGUCUAAUACAGAGGCGAGCCAAUUCAGAAUUGACUAUAAUUGAACACAGGCUAAAAGUAUUUAUGGGAGGAGUAACAUAUAGCAUGAGUUAUGAUUUUUGUAGCUGCUAAAUAUUUUAAGCCUUCAUUUGCAGUUCAUGUAACAGUUGUGUCUUAAAUUACACAAUAAAGGAGUCCUAUUCAAUUUUUUUAAUGUGGCUUGUAGAAUUUUUUUAAAAGCGAUCUUAGGUUUGUUUUUUCAUGUCGAAUGCAGAUGGGUGCUAUCAGAGCCUCUCCCCCACCAUUAUAGUGUCAUAAUAUCAUUAUUACACCACACUGAAACAUUCAGAAUUAGAUGUUUUAGCUUCUUUCUUUCUUCAUAUGUGUUUCAAAUGUACCGAUGAUACUGUUUCUUGCACUGAAUAUAUAAACACUCCACAGUGUUUAUAUUGGGGAGAUAUUAGGGCAGAACUACAUUUGUAAAAGAUGAAGGCUUAUAGCCAUUUAUUUUGUCUUUUUUUUUUUAAACACUGGUUCUCUCAAGUUCUUUUGAGGGUGGCAUGCAUUUUUCUUGUUCAGUGCUUUAUUCUUUUCAUCUGUUGUUCUGUGGUCACAGUGACCUUAGCUAUAGAGCAGACUUUCCCAAAUGUACUGAGUGCAAAUAAAGUUACUUAGCAAGACCUGAAAAUAUGUCUGCAGGUUUCUCCUUGAAGCAAAUGUGUGUGAUCACUGCAUUUCCAGAAAUCUGCCUUCUUUACUGUCCAUUGAUGUUAUCCCUCACUUCCAGCUGAGCUGUGAAAUGACAGAUUUAAAUAAUAGAGUGUUCAUUGCCUGUCUAGGACUAUUUAGCAAAGUUUGUUCAAAACAAAAACACCUUUUCUUGGUUCUUGUAUUCAGUUUUUGUUGAAGGUGCAGCCACCUGAUUAAAUGUCUGACAUAUUAAUGAAUGAUAGCAGUAAUUUUCAGCUCUUAAAAAGGCACUUAUGAUUUUACAUGCUGGUUACCUGUCCCAUUGUUGUAAAAUGCCCUCUCUCCAUCAGAUGUAUUCCUCAAAUUUUCUUAUCCACAAAGUACUCUGCUUUUUUCAAAUUGUCACGUUACUAAAUGGUGUUACAUUAAAGCCCUGUCUUAAGUGUC